AUGAGUAUGGAAGAUUAUGAUUUCCUCUUCAAAAUUGUUUUAAUCGGCAACGCCGGUGUGGGGAAGACCUGCUUAGUCCGUCGCUUCACUCAGGGGCUUUUCCCACCAGGUCAAGGAGCCACGAUUGGGGUUGACUUUAUGAUUAAAACUGUGGAAAUAAACGGUGAAAAAGUAAAGCUGCAGAUCUGGGACACGGCAGGACAAGAGCGAUUCCGAUCCAUCACGCAGAGUUACUAUCGCAGCGCCAACGCGUUGAUCUUGACCUACGACAUCACCUGCGAAGAAUCCUUCCGGUGUCUCCCCGAGUGGCUGCGAGAAAUCGAGCAGUAUGCCAGCAAUAAGGUCAUAACCGUGCUAGUGGGUAAUAAGAUCGAUUUAGCUGAUAAGAGGGAAGUCUCCCAGCAAAGAGCUGCAGAGUUUUCCGAAGCGCAGGACAUGUACUAUCUGGAAACCUCAGCAAAAGAAUCAGACAAUGUCGAAAAACUCUUCCUGGACUUGGCCUGCCGGUUGAUCAGUGAGGCACGACAGAACACCCUUGUGAAUAAUGUCUCAUCCCCCUUACCAGGAGAGGGGAAAAGUAUCAGCUACUUGACUUGCUGUAAUUUUAAUUGAAGAGCUGGCAUGUGACUUCCCUUUCUGCCAUGGGCCAAGAGGAUUUUGUUUCUGCUGGGAUUUAUCUACCUGAAGGGAAUUCCUGCAACUUUGACCCAUCUGACUUACCGUGAGUCAGGCUGCAGACCUGGAAGCAUGGCAGGCUGACAGCUCCAGCUGCAUGGCAAUAUAGCAGAAUAUUACGUGGUUUAAAUUUCAUUUUUUCUGGCAGUCUCUGGAAUGGGUUAGGAAAAGAAGAGUUGCACAGUGCUUCAUGUAAUGCAAGACAUGAGCUACUGCAUUUCCUUCUAUGGGAGACUAGAGCAGCCUCUCU